AUGCGGCGCCUAGUCAGCGUGUUGCUACUAGUGGCGAUAGUGCUGAUGCUGGUCGGGAUCGACAGUCAUGCAUCGGCUCAGAAGCUAUGCCUCGACUCGGCGCAACCCCAGACGCCGAAGGACCAGCUGCAGAUCUGCCGGCAGUACAACAACGAGAGCUGCUGCACGAACGAGCGGAACGUGAAGAUCGCGGAGACUCUGCUGAACUACAGCAACGCCAUGGGCAACAUUCCCGGCGCCAAGAACUGCCUCCGCGCGCUGGAACUCGUGCUGUGCGCCGAAUGCGACCCCUAUGCAUCGCAGGUGUACCGUCGCGACCACACAGGCCGCUACGCCGACGUGCCGUACCUCUGCACAGCCCAGUCCAACCGCGACCCUGUUGAGACGCAGCCCUUCUGCUCCACUGUCUGGGACGUCUGCGGCAUGGUUGCCAUGCCCAAGAAUCCCUUUGUCGCCACCAAUGACCCUCGUUACAUCUCUCUUUAUGAUGUUUACUUAACUAAGGGCGAGUUUUGCCGCCGGUUCAUGCCCCCGAAUAAGAACCCGGGCGAUGGGCCGAAGAUUUGCUAUCGGGGUAAACCGGUGGAUUACCCGGAUGAGUUGGGGGAGGAUGAGUUGCCGCCCGUGAAUAACAUGUGUGUGGAGCAGAUUGGGUUGAGUACUAAGAAUGGUAAGAGCGAGGAGAAUAGUUACUAUGUGGCCAUGACUCCGCAUCCCGACCAAUCGCGGCGCGCGUUUUUCCUGGAGCGCGCGGGCAGGUUGUUUCUUUACAAUCUGCCCGAGCCGGGGUCGUCGGACCAGCUUCCUUCUGAUGGGGGGUCGCCAUUUCUCGACAUCAGUGGCCUGGUGGCACAGGGGGGGGAGCAGGGAGCAGUGGGGAUUGCCUUUCACCCCGACUACCCCAGCAACGGCCGCCUCUUCGUGUCUUUCACCUGCGACUCGUCAGUCAACUCGGACUGCAAGCCCACUGUGUGCGGCUGCUACGAUGCUGUGGACUGCACGGCCGACAAGGUUCAGGCGGCCAAUCCAGACGGCCGCUGGGGCACGGGGGACCUGUGCCGGAAUGUUACCGUGGUGGCAGAGUUUUCUGCAUGCAGUGACAUGCUCUGCACACCGGCUAAGAUCUCCAAGAAAGCGGCCAUCUCAGCCACGAUAGUGCGCUACAUAGUGCGGCUGGGGCAGCCCUUCAUGAACAACAACGGCGGGCAGAUCCGAUUCGGCGCGGACGGCAUGCUCUACGUCAUGCUGGGGGAUGGAGGGGGCGAGCUGGACCCCCUGGGCCUGGCGCAGAACCCCAAGGCGUUCCAGGGGAAGGUGCUGCGGCUGGACGUUCUGAACGGGAUCAGCCAGCCAGGCGAGGAUGAGAUCAAGAGCAGGGGGCUGCUGGGGGCGUACGGCAUUCCUCCGGACAACCCGCACGCAGUUGAUUGGGACUGGCGGGGGGAGGUGUUUGCGCUGGGCUUCCACGACCCCUGGAAGUGCACCUUCGACCUCCUCAGACCCUCUGUUAUGAUGUGCGGGGACGUGGGAUGGACCAAAUGGGAGGAGGUAGAUGUGGUAACCAGCGGCGGUAACUACGGCUGGAAGUGGUUCGAGGGUCGGGAGUUUGCCAAUGCUAGCGAGCCGCGCCCCGUGCCGAACCAGAAGCUGCCGUCGUUUCAAUACGUCUGGAGCAACACGAGCAGCGUCGUUGGAGGAUUCUACGCAAGAGGAUACGAGGACGCGUGCUUAUAUGGAAGGUACCUAUUCAGUGACAGAAACAACCAGUUCUACGUGGCUACAGAGAAUCCUCCUUAUAGCGGCCACUUCCCCCUCGGUUCACAACCCCUCAAUGUUUCCUGCGCGCCCAAUAUGCAGCAGCCGCUGCAAGGGGAGGGGGACGACGAUGCUUUUUACGACGAAGAAGGGAAUUAUAUCGGGCCGGACGGGGAGGAGGACGAGGUGUACGAUCCGAACGCGGUGCAUGACGAUGAUGGUACUGGGGCGUACUAUAACGAGGAUGGGGAUGAGGUGGGGCAUCAUGGGGAUGGGGAUACGGUGGUGGAUGAUGGAGCAACGGAGUAUGGUCAGAGGAGUGUGCAUAGUGGGUAUGGUGGAGAGGGGGGGUAUGCUGAGAGUGAGGUGGGGUCGGAGUAUCCAGGGCAGGGGCAUGGGGGGUAUCAGGGAGGUGGGGUGAGGGGGGAUGGUAUGUCCGAUGUUCAGUCUGAGUAUACGGCGCAAGAUGAUUGGACGGAUGGAGGCUCGUAUUACGAUCGCCGCUGA